AGAUGUGAAAGUUGAUGUCAACAUGUAGAAGAACUAAAAAACAGAAAGAUGGGGCUGUUUAUUAAGUAUUUCUUACUGCUUAUCUUCCUUGCAUUUAUGUACACAUGCAGUCUUUUGAUUUUUGCCAAGGGCUUCCUCUUGAAAAGAGUUGUCGUUGACCAAAACAGUUCAUGUGUCGUAGACUUCAGUCGAUACACUGAUGACCAUGGUAAGCAAGGAUGCUGGAUGCACAGUCGCUUCAACAAAGCCAUAGUUGUUGUAAUAGAUGCAUUGAGAUUCGACUUCAUGAAAUACGACCACACAUUAAAAAAGGAUAUUCCGUACAAAAAUAAGCUUCCAAUUAUCAGAAAUUUAUUGAACAGUAAACCAGCAAAUUCAAAGUUGUAUAAAUUUAUGGCAGAUCCCCCAACUACAACAUUUCAAAGACUGAAGGGAUUAACAACAGGAAGCCUACCAACAUUUGUUGACGCUGGAGCAAAUUUUGCAAGUUCUGAGAUAAAAGAGGACAAUGUCAUAGACCAGAUGGUAAAGCAAGGAAAAGUAGUUAAGUUUCUCGGGGAUGAUACUUGGUUGAGUCUUUUUCCAGGCAGAUUUCAGAAGGCAUAUCCGUUUCCUUCUUUCAAUGUCAAAGAUCUUCAUACAGUUGAUGAUGGCAUCUUGAAGCAUUUGUUUGGGCAGUUGAACAAGAAGGAUUGGUCAGUGACAAUCGCUCAUUUCCUUGGUGUUGAUCACUGCGGUCAUCGCUAUGGACCUGAUCAUCCAGCCAUGGCAGAAAAGUUAACUCAGAUGAAUGAGGUUAUCAGUAACAUAACCAGUCGCAUGAAGGAUGACACUAUACUUUUUGUGAUGGGUGAUCAUGGAAUGACAAUAACCGGGGACCAUGGUGGUGACAGUAUGGAUGAGCUGGAGGCAGGAUUGUUUAUAUACAGUCCUGUACAAAUAACAUCUCCUUCUUCAGCAUCUCAGACAGAUGUUUUUGAGACUAUAUCCCAGACUGACUUUGUACCCACACUGGCAUUGUUGAUGGGAGUUCCAAUUCCAUUUUCAAACCUGGGACGAAUCAUCACAGAUCUCUUCAACCACUGCCCUUGGUGGGGAACCAGUACAAGUAAACUAAAACAGGUAUUCCAUGCUGUGAAGGCAUUGCGUCUGAAUGCAAUCCAGGUCAGCCGCUACCUGAAGGCAUAUGCCCAAGUGUCAUCAGACUUUCCAAUUAACAAGUAUUAUGAGCUAGACAGCAUGUUAGAUACUGCAGAACACAACCUUCAGGCUCUAGUAACGGCCAUGGUGAAAUCAGGUGAUAAUGAACACAUGGUCAGACAGUUAGAAGAACUGGAGCAAGUUUACAACUCAUACACAUCACAGGUCAAAGCCAUUUGUCAGGGUAUUUGGGCAAAGUUUGACCUCAUGUCCAUCACCAUUGGCAUCAUGUCAUUGUUCCUAACUAUCCUGAUCAAUGUAUACUUUGUUCAGCUAUCAUUUUGGAAGAAGUUUGAAGUGCCAAGUACAGUAAUUGUUGUUGUGCUAUUCUGUAUGGUUUACAUGGUGUAUGCAGUUUUUCAUUGCUUUUUUGUAGGUGAGAUCAUCAGUUCUUUCAUGGUGUUUUUGUUGGGGUUUGUCAACAUCAUCGUACUCAGUAUCAUAAAUAUUAGAUUUUCACCAAAAAGACCAAAAUUGAUAUCUGAUCUUAUGAUAAAUCAAAAGAAAGAGCAGCAUUUUCCAUUGAUAACAUUUACAUACAAUGCUGUUGUGUGCCUCCUAUGUUUUCUUUCAUUUUUCAGCAACAGUUUUGUUGUUUAUGAAGAUACCAUACUUCUUUUUCUUGCACAAAGUUUAAAUACAAUUUACUGUAUCAAAGUUAUUUCUCAAAUUUUCAAAAAGCAUGAAACAGGUCCAAAUGAUACGAAGCCAAAACACAAAAAACAAAAACCAUUUGAUAUCAUGUUGAUACUGACUCAUCCAGGCAUGUUAACCAUUGCUAUGACAACAGUGCUCUGUACGUGUCUUCGACUGUCUAUGAACUUUAAGGCCUGUAGGGAAGAGCAACAUACUUGUGAGUUGUCACUGUUUCUGCGUCCACUGUCUGGUCUUGUUGACGAUUUAGAACAUCUUCGUAACCUAAGAUACUUUCUCAGUGUUGGCUGCCUCGCUCUGACAGUAAUCCUUACAAGAAGACUUUUGUUCCACUUUGGGAACCUGAAUGGAAUGUCCGGAAGUGUUGUUUGUAUUCGGUACUUACUGCCAAUGAGUACAUGUUGUUGUGGUCUGCAUUGGGCAUUGUAUGCUCUACCACAGAAAGUCCUUGACUCACUUCCAGUGUGGCAGCAGACUUUCCUGCCUAAAUCAGUGUAUAUACUCACUGGGAUAUCCCUAGUCAUAGUUGUGGUCAAACCACUGACCAUCCACAUGAUUCGCCAAAACAAAGAUAACUACAGCAUGCCAAACAGUGGUAAUAUCAUCCCUCAGCUGUACAACAGGGUCAAGCAGAACUUACAUGAUUCCCAGGAAGAGCAGCCACCAAUGGUGUAUGGCCUUGCCACAGUGUUCUCAGCUGCCAUCAUAAGCCUGGCAGCCAUAGUUACCAUCCUACUGACUAUGUUACUUGGUGAUGGAGUGGCUCCAAGUAUAUUCUUACUAACAUUGACCAUGUACUUUUUUCUGGAGUUGUAUACAGCGCACCUGAUCAGCUCGACAAAGGAAAGUCACAAUGUGACAUGGAAUCUUGUGGGUGUUGUGGUGUACCAUACCGUCCUGUCCAGCUUCUACUUUUACACAACUGGACACCAGGCCACUGUCCCCACAAUCAGAUUUGAGUCAGCCUUCAUUGGUUUCCAUGGAGACUUCCAAAACUAUGCCCUCCCAGCGAUACUGAUAUAUCUCAACACAUUUGCAGCUCAAGUCCUCCUGGGGGUCCUAGCACCACUGUGGGUCUUCUGGCCAAUGAUCAAAGGCAUGAUUUCCUCACUCAUGACCAACAUGGAGGUUGACAGGACAUCUAAGGGUGACUUUGCUUUGUGUGAAGAUGAGGAGUUAUUGAAAAAGAGAAUGUUUCAGUUAUACACAAGUCUCACACUUCUGAGUGGUAUCAAGGUGCUGGGAGCAGUGUGUGCAGCAGGACUUCACCGAAGACAUCUGAUGGUGUGGAAGAUUUUUGCACCCCGUUUUGUAUUUGAGGCAGUUUCUUGUUUCACUGUGUUAGGGGUGUGCUUGGUGAUGUUUCUUUUUGUCAUGAGAGUCAAUCAAAGCCUUACAUCUUGGGUAAAAGUCCUGGAGCCUAAAGAAAGACGUGACUAAGUGCUCAUGGAUCAUGAGCCACUAAAUGUAAUUCAAAUUAUGUUGCUGUUAUUAUUGUUUCUUUUUUGCAAGAUAUGACCUCUCUGUUUGAUUUUUUAUAACCAGAUGCUUCCUGUUCAAGUAAUGAAGUGUUCUGACAUAUUAUGGUGUUAUUCAAUGGAGAAAUUUGUCAUGCAACUGUUUUAUGCAACUCAUUUCUGUAAGAUAACGUAAGCACCAUCUUUGGAAGUGCUGAGUUUGUCAGGUACAGACAUCAUUCAAAUUUGAAGUAGUUGAAAAAUGUAUUUGAUGUUUUAUAGCCCAUUGCAAAUGUAUUUUAAAACUCCUUUCAGGAGAUUGACUCAUCAUUUACAGUUGUGGGAUCAGGCAAUGUUACACAAUAUGCGAUGUCUGCAUGAUGUACGUGUAAUAGGAAAAACUGGACAAAAUAAGUUAUCGCACAUUUUUGUGCACAUUAUACGAUUUUAUCCCUUAGAUUUUCAAUUCUACCAUGGUUGAUAUAAAUUUUGAAAUUACUUAUAGAUAAGUGUGGGAUAGGGUUGAUUCAUUUUCUGAAUAAUAAGAGUACAACUAAGUAUAUUCCUGAAUUAAACCAUUAAUAUAUAGGUUGGGCACUUCCAGGUAUAUCAGAUACAGAGUGAAUGGUUAACAUAUAUUCGUAACUUAAAUUAUUCUGUUUACAAAGUACCACACAUGACCAGUCUUAUAUACGUUACAAAUGUCAACAUUAAAUAGACGUCUCUUUUUGUCACGGCAAUGAAUCAUAUAAAAUUUCAUACUGUCAGAAAGGAAAUUUUAUUUUCAUUAUUUCUGUAUUACUUUUAUUUUUCUAUCAUUUUAUAAACAGAAAUAUAUACUCAGGUAAUCUUCAGUAUUGGUUCAGAUCCUGACCAGUCAUAUAUACCUGUACACAGGUAAAUUUUUGUCGCCGAGGUACACCACUCGCCACUCUGAGGUGUGAAGCUAUAUACAAAUGUACAAUAAGACUAAUUAAUGCUGGGGUCAAUAGUAUUUCGAAAACUUUUGAAUUGAAAAUGACUUUUAUAAUCAUUGAUCAAUUUUAAUAUUGCUGUGAUUGCUAUUUAGUCAUAAAUACACAAGUUUUCAAUUCUGUUAUUGGCCAACUAUUUUUACCAAACUGAACAAAUGUGCAAUCCUAUCGCAGAGUUUAUGCACAAUAUUGUUUAGUGUGAAUGUACACACAAAGUUUUUGAUGCGUUGUGCAUUAUCGCAACUGUACUUAAGGGAGAUAACUUGCCAAAUUUCGGUAAUAAAACAUUUGAUACAAA